UUUUCCCCACAGACAGUGAAGGCGGCGUACCAUGAAUGUAUGAAGAGGAGAAGAACACAAAUAAUUACUACAGAUUCAAGAGGAAGCUUUAAAAAGAAAAGACAAUGAUGGAGAUAUCUAACACAAGCUCAGCACAACAGCUUAUUUCCCUAAAUGAAACUCAGAUCUCUAAAACACUAUAUUCAACCUUGAUAUCACUCUACAGUGUUGAUCUAGCUGGAGGCAUUACUGGAGUUGUCCUAAUGUCCCGUCACUUGCUUCAAAGAAGAUCGCAGUCUGUGAUGACUGCUAUCAUCAUCAAUCUCAUGGUAGUGCAUGCCAUUCUGUUACUUAGCCUUCCAUUCCGCCUCAGCUAUUAUAUUUCAUCUGAAUGGAAACUGGGGCGGUUCACCUGCAGAAUGAUUAGUGGCUUGAUUUACGUCCAUAUGUAUACCACUUUCAUUUUUUAUGUAGCUAUUAUUCUAAUACGCCUGCUGAAACUGGAGUUUAAGAAGUGCUACACAACAACCUGGCUUGCUGCUCUCUGGCUUGUGGGAACUCUGGUGAUCUUACCUAUUUUUCUUUCCUAUUACGGCACCACUGACAGCUACAAAGAUUCAGAAUGCUUUCAGUUCCAGAAAGACAUGAUGAAGGAGGGCAUGAUGAUAACAAACUACUGCUUGAUUGCUACUUUGAUGACAAUAUUCUCUGUACUCACCAUAAUCCAAUUAGCCAUAAUCUUUCAACUGGCAGUGAAGUACUGGCCUGAAAUGAACUCACAUGUGGAAUUCAGAGCUCACAUGAAGAGUUUCUUCUUCACCUUGGUAAUACUAGUCUGCUUUAUACCUCAUCAUGUAUUUCGACUAUACUACAUUAAACAUUUCUACCAGGAUGGAGAACAUAAACUACUCUUAUACAAUGAAAUCUUCUUAGCUUUUACAGCAAUGUGCUGCUUGGACAUGCUGUGUUUUGUAGCAGGUAUAGCCCAUUAAAUUAUAUGCUGCUGGUAAAAUAUAUGUUGCUGUGCUGCUUUCAGUUCUUUGUGGCAGAAAGACACUAUCUAAAAUGUUUCUUAGAUUUAUGAGGAUUACAGUUUUUAGUAUGAGGACAAUUUUGUUUGGAUUUCAUGUUCAGGUUUUGGAGUCUGGUAUGUCAUAACCUUCAGAAGUCACUGGUCCCCGUUCUCUCCCCGGAAGACAAUAUUUCUGAUGCCUGACUAUGCAUCUAAUCUUUGACCAAAGUAGAUUGGUUUGUACCUAUGUCAAGUUUCACCAAGAACUUUCUCUGUUUCUAAUAGUUGACAGUAACUCCAAGGAGUUAAUCUUUCCUCCUAAAGUUUCUCAGUCAUGACAGACUACCUUCUCCAGUAAAUGGUCUCUUGGACUUGGUUCAUGUUGAGGAUGGCAGGCAAACGUGAAACAACUUUUAACUGGCCAAUGAUUAGAAAGAAACUUUUUCCAUGAGCAAAACACUGAAGAAUUGUGUUAUGAAACUCUGUUCCUCCUUGUAUGCUGUUUGAAAGUGAUUUUGAAUUAACAAGGAAAUGAAUUAGGUUCAAAGACUAGAAAAAUGGCACCUGAAGACUGAAAAUCAGUUUUGAAAUAAAUAGGCUGG